UUAUAAAUUUAAUGAAGAACAUGAUUUUUACUAAUAAUUGUCAAUCAUUCUGUGUAAAAAUGUAUAAGGCAAGGACAGUAUUUAGUACAUUAACUCCUUUGGCACCUCGAAUGUGCAAACCUGAAAGGUUUGCUUCAUGGCUGGUACGAAGCCAUCCUCUAACAAGAACUACACAAGUGAUGGUUGCCAAAUCAGCCAAAAAGUAUAGCAAUCGGGUAGCAACAGAACCUUUUCUCAAUGGAAGUUCUAGCUCUUAUGUAGAAGAAAUGUAUAAUGCAUGGCUACAAGAUCCUCAUAGUGUACAUGUGUCUUGGGAUUCAUUUUUCCGUAGUAGUACUGCUGGAGCUGCACCAGGUCUUGCAUAUCAGGCUCCUCCUUCUCUUGCUCCAAGUCAUAACCAAGUUCCAUUAGGAGCAUUAUUACCACUUGGUGGAAGUACUCAAUUAAGCCAAAUACCUAUUACUGAAAAGAUAAUUGAUGACCAUCUGGCUGUUCAAGCUAUUAUUCGUUCUUAUCAGGCUCGAGGUCACUUAGUUGCUGAUCUGGACCCACUGGGUAUCAUGCAAACAGACCUGAUACAUACACAUUAUGCAGCCCGCAAGGGAUCUCCAGAACAGGUUCUGCGACAAUAUAUGCUUGAAGAGUCAGACAUGGAUCGUAUUUUCAAAUUACCGUCCACCACUUUUAUCGGAGGCAAAGAAAAAUCAUUGCCUCUUCGUGAAAUCUUAAAGAGAUUAGAAGCUGCUUACUGUGGUCACAUUGGUGUGGAAUUUAUGUUUAUUAACUCCUUAGAACAAUGCAAUUGGAUUCGGCAAAAAAUGGAGACACCCGGUAUUAUGGAAAUGACAAAUGAUGAAAGGAGACUUAUUUUGGCUAGAUUAACUCGAGCAACUGGAUUUGAAGCAUUUCUUGCUCGUAAAUGGUCAUCUGAGAAAAGAUUUGGUUUAGAGGGAUGUGAAAUUCUAAUUCCUGCUAUGAAACAAGUAAUUGAUAAAUCAACUGAAUUAGGAGUUGAAUCCAUUGUUAUGGGUAUGCCUCAUCGGGGUCGUUUAAAUGUCCUUGCUAAUGUAUGCCGCAAGCCUUUAAGUCAAAUAUUUACCCAAUUUGCUGCUCUUGAAGCAGCUGAUGAUGGAUCCGGUGAUGUUAAAUAUCAUUUGGGAACGUAUAUUGAGCGUUUAAAUCGAGUAACAAAUAAAAACAUUCGUUUGGCUGUGGUGGCAAAUCCAUCUCAUUUGGAAGCUGUUGAUCCAGUAGUGCAAGGAAAGACUCGUGCAGAACAAUUCUAUCGUGGUGACGGUGAAGGUAAAAAGGUCAUGUCUAUUCUUCUGCAUGGUGAUGCUGCAUUUUGUGGACAGGGUAUUGUUUUUGAAACAAUGCACUUAUCAGAUUUGCCUGAUUACACAACUCAUGGUACUAUUCAUAUUGUGGUGAAUAAUCAAAUUGGAUUUACAACAGAUCCAAGACAUUCACGAUCUUCUCCAUACUGUACUGAUGUUGCAAGAGUAGUGAAUGCACCUAUCUUCCAUGUUAAUUCGGAUGAUCCUGAGGCAGUGAUGCAUGUUUGUAAAGUUGCUGCAGAAUGGAGAGCAACUUUUCAUAAAGAUGUUGUUAUUGAUAUUGUAUCAUAUAGACGAAAUGGUCAUAAUGAAAUUGAUGAACCUAUGUUUACACAACCUUUAAUGUAUCGCAAAAUUAAAAAUACUCCACCAGUUCUAGACAAAUAUGCUAAAACUCUUACUGACGAUGGUGUUGUCACUUCUGAAGAAGUUAAGGAUGUUAAAGAUAAAUAUGAAAAAAUUUGUGAAGAAGCAUAUGUUAAUGCUAAACAAGAAACACAUAUUAAAUAUAAAGACUGGUUGGAUUCUCCAUGGUCUGGUUUUUUUGAAGGAAAAGAUCCUUUGAAAGUAUCUCCUACUGGUAUUAAAGAAGACACACUCAUUCAUAUUGGAAAAAAAUUCUCAUCACCACCACCCAAUGCAGCAGAAUUUGUAGUUCAUAAAGGUAUUGAACGUAUUUUGAAAUCUCGUAUGGAAAUGAUAGAAGCUCGAACAGUUGAUUGGGCUCUUGGAGAAGCUAUGGCUUUUGGUUCCUUACUUAAAGAAGGCAUUCAUGUUAGAUUGUCAGGUCAAGAUGUAGAAAGAGGAACCUUUUCACAUAGACAUCAUGUUCUUCAUCAUCAAACUGUAGAUAAAGCUACUUAUAGACCAUUAUGUUAUCUUUAUCCAGAUCAAGCUCCAUACACUGUGUGCAAUAGUUCUUUAUCAGAAUUUGGUGUUCUUGGAUUUGAAUUAGGUUAUUCUAUGACAAAUCCUAAUGCAUUAGUAUGCUGGGAAGCACAAUUUGGUGAUUUCAACAAUACAGCACAAUGCAUAAUCGAUCAAUUUAUUAGCAGUGGUCAAGCUAAAUGGGUACGUCAAUCUGGUCUUGUUAUGCUGCAACCUCAUGGUCUUGAAGGAAUGGGACCUGAACAUUCCAGUGCUCGCUUGGAACGUUUUUUACAAAUGUCGGCUGAUGAUCCAGAUUAUUUUCCUCCUGAAAAUGAAGAAUUUGCUGUACGCCAGUUACAUGAUAUCAACUGGAUUGUAGCUAAUUGCAGUACACCAGCAAAUUAUUUUCAUAUUUUAAGAAGACAAAUUGCAUUGCCAUUUAGAAAACCUUUGAUUUUAAUGACACCAAAAUCAUUACUUCGUCAUCCAGAAGCGAAAUCUAGCUUCGAUUUAAUGCUAGAAAAUACAGAGUUUCUUAGAGUAAUACCAGAAGAAGGUGUAGCUUCUCAAAAUCCUAAUAAUGUUAAAAGAGUGCUUUUUUGUUCUGGUAAGAUUUACUAUGAUCUAAAAAAAGCACGUGCAGAGAAAAAUUUGGAUGAUAAAGUCGCUAUUGUAAGAGUUGAACAGAUUUCACCUUUCCCAUAUGAUUUAGUUAAAAAAGAAGCUGUUAAAUAUUCCAAUGCAGAUUUAGUAUGGGCUCAAGAAGAACACAAAAAUCAAGGUGCAUGGACAUAUAUUCAACCUAGAUUCCAUACAGCUCUUAAUGGAAUUCGUUCUGUAUCCAGCGGAAAUACAUCAUACGACAGUAAGGAUAGCAGAGGGUGGUUUAGUAGUUGGUUUUCAACUAAACCAACAAUUGUGUCCGAGCCACUAUCAAAAGAAUCUAAUAAAUCCAAACAGAGAAUAUUAAGAUAUGUUGGUCGACCAACGGGAGCAUCACCCGCAACAGGAAGCAAAAUGCAACAUCUUAAAGAAUUGAAACAAUUACUUGAUGACUCCUUCAAUCUUUAAUUAUUCUUCAUAGCACUAUGUAUAACACAUUUUAUUUAUUUUCUUCAUUAUACUUGUUAUAUUCUUUUUGUCCUGCUCUACAUCACUCUUUUAGAGAUUAACAUAACUUGCAAUUUUCUUUAUUAUUAAUUCAUUUAGAAUUAUCGCACGUACAAAUAUUUUCUUGAUAGAUUUAUUAUAAAAUUUAUGUAGUUUGUAUUAAUUCUUUUAAAAUUUCUAUCUUACAUAAGUGCAAUGAUCGAAUCAAUAACUUAAUACUUCAAAACAUUUUUUUGCUUUGAUUAAAAAAAAAUAAAAAAUAUAAAUUCAAUGAAAAAUAUAAAAAUUAAUAAUAAAUAUUUGAAGUCAAUACUUAAGUUUUGUUUCUAAUAUAAAUAUUCUGAUAUGCAAUGAGUAAUUCAUGAAAAUAUAUGCAUUUCAUUCUUAUUUAAUGUUUGAAUGCGAUUCUGUAUAUUUUCUUUUUUUUUUUAAAUACAUAACAUAUUUAUAUUAGUAUGUGAGUUGAAUGUUGAGCCUAGUGUAUGUUUGAGUUCACAGAAAUAUUUUAUUAUGUAAAUAUACCAAUUAUAUAUAUAUGUAUAUGUAUAUGUGUAUAUAUAUACAUAUAUAUAAUGUAAAUUAUAUUAGCACAAAACAUUUUAGCAUGUCUUACUCAUUGUUCAGUUGUUAAAUUUUAAUGAUACAACCAAAUUAUAUUAAUUGAAAAUAUUCGUACGUGAGAAUACAUUUGUAUUUUAUUUUGUUAUAUAUUGAUAUAAAAUUAACAUUAUGAGAAAUGAAGAGAAAGAAAAAGUAUUAUUUUUAAUUUAUAUAUAACAUUUUACGCAGAGCGUAAAUGUUUCUGUGGUUAUGACUGUGGAGAUUUAAAUUAAACUUUUCAGGGUUGGUAUUGUGUAUUUACGGCAAUUUUUUUAUUCAUUUAUUUAUGCCGUAGUAAAGAACAGCCAAUUGAUUUAAUUCUUUAUCGUUACUCUAUUUUUAUAAAGAAUUAAAUGAUUGGUAGGAUCGUAGAAUUAUACGAAGAAAUAGAUUGUAAUAUUAGACUCACUUCCGUAACAAAUUAUGAAAAUGUAAAUUUAUAUAAAUUUAAAAAAAAAUUUUUACGAAAUUGAGUUAUAAUGUUACUCUUUGAAAAGUUUUGAAACAUUCUCCCUUUUAAAGAGUCAACUUGCUAAUGCUAGUGAAUAUAAAAAAAUAUAUAUUUUAUUAUUAUUUUAUUUUAUCCAAUGCGCACGUGUACACGGUAUGCGUUGGUAUAGUCUGCGAAGGCACAGUAUUUAUAUGUAUAAUUCAUUUCAAAAAUAGAAUUUAUGAAUGGAAUAUUUAUUGUACCGUAUCAUUGAUUAUAUUAGUAUUCAUUGAAAACUAUUAUUUUAAAUUCAAAUAUAUAAUUUAUUAUAAUUAUCUUUUAUGUUCUACUUAUAAAAAAUAAAAAAAAAUGAUACACAAUAUUUUGUAAUCCAUUAAAUACAAUAUGGUCCAAUCAAAAUUGCGGUACUGUUAUUCCAAUCAUCAGUUUUUGUUAUUAUAUGCAUAAUAAGGAUGAUAAAUAUAUGCUUUAAUAUUAAAAAGAGAAUAGAUUAAUAGAUCAGAAAGUUGCUGAUGAAAAUAAAUUGAAAUUUACUUAUAUUAGUAUAUUUGCAUCAAUAUAUUAGGGUAAAUAUUGUAACAUCUUAUUAUGAAAUUAAAUUAUGUUAGCCAUUA